AUGCCCGCCGGCCGCCCGGGCCCCGCCGCCCAAUCCGCGCGGCGGCCGCCGCCGCUGCUGCCCCUACUGCUGCUCUGCGUCCUCGGGGCGCCGCAAGCGGGAUCAGGAGCCGACACGGCUGUGAUCAGUCCCCAGGACCCCACGCUCCUCAUCGGAUCCUCCCUGCAGGCCACGUGCUCAGUGCACGGGGACCCACCAGGGGCCACCGCCGAGGGCCUCUACUGGACCCUCAACGGGCACCGCCUGCCCCCUGAGCUGUCCCGAAUGCUCAACGCCUCCACUCUAGCCCUUGCCCUGGCCAACCUCAACGGAUCCAGGCAGCAGUCGGGGGACAACCUCGUGUGCCACGCCCGUGACGGCAGCAUCCUAGCCGGCUCCUGCCUCUAUGUUGGCCUGCCCCCAGAGAAACCCUUCAACAUCAGCUGCUGGUCCAAGAACAUGAAGGACCUGACAUGCCGCUGGACGCCGGGGGCCCACGGGGAAACCUUCCUCCACACCAACUACUCACUCAAGUACAAGCUGAGGUGGUAUGGGCAGGACAACACAUGUGAGGAAUACCACACGGUGGGACCUCACUCUUGCCACAUCCCCAAGGACCUGGCUCUCUUCACACCCUAUGAGAUCUGGGUGGAGGCCACCAACCGGCUGGGCUCGGCCCGCUCUGAUGUGCUGACACUGGACAUCCUGGAUGUGGUGACCACCGACCCCCCGCCAGAAGUGCACGUGAGCCGCGUAGGGGGCCUGGAGGACCAGCUGAGCGUGCGCUGGGUUUCACCGCCUGCCCUCAAGGACUUCCUCUUCCAAGCCAAGUACCAGAUCCGCUACCGAGUGGAGGACAGCGUGGAUUGGAAGGUGGUGGACGAUGUGAGCAACCAGACCUCCUGCCGCCUGGCGGGCCUUAAGCCAGGCACCGUCUACUUCGUGCAAGUGCGCUGCAAUCCCUUUGGCAUCUAUGGCUCCAAGAAGGCAGGGAUCUGGAGCGAAUGGAGCCACCCCACGGCUGCCUCCACCCCCCGAAGUGAGCGCCCGGGCCCGGGCGGCGGGGCGUGCGAGCCGCGGGGCGGCGAGCCGAGCUCGGGGCCGGUGCGGCGCGAGCUCAAGCAGUUUCUGGGCUGGCUCAAGAAGCACGCGUACUGCUCGAACCUCAGCUUCCGCCUCUAUGACCAGUGGCGAGCCUGGAUGCAGAAGUCACAUAAGACCCGCAACCAGGACGAGGGGAUCCUGUCCUCGGGCAGACGGGGCGCGGCGAGAGGUCCUGCCAGAUAAGCUCUAGAGGCUGGGGCUGCCCUCCCUGCUGCAUGGAGACCCAGGGGCCACCCCCAGACUGGGGGCCACCUCUGUACCCUCACCUCAGGGUGCCCCAGCCCUCUCGGCAGCAGCUGGGGCGAGCACUCUGAGCUCCGAGGGCCACAACAGCUCUGGCCUCCACGUGAGGUGCACCCCAGUGGGAGGAGUGUGUGUGAGGGGGGCUGAGCUUCCCAGAACGCCUGCCAGGGCUGGGGGUGAAGAAGGGUCAUUACUCCCCCUACCCAGGACCACUCCAAAGAGUCUUUUUAAAUAAACAAACUAUUUAGGUGCCCUGAUUGUGAAGGUGA